UUAAAUACCGCAGCGCGCUUCACAACUCACCCCACCUCCGACAGAAAGGGAAAAGCACAAAGUGCAACGGAGGGAUUUGAGAGUGGAAGCCGCCGUGCCGGGGGAUGAGCUCGCAGGCCUGGAGCUCCCCGUUCUUGGAAUUACGUCUCUGACAACGGAAUAAUCACCCUUGGGACUGAACCAGAGCUGUUGGACACCCUGAGGCCAUUGGACACUUCUUUUCAGGGCUCACAGCAAGUUACUGCUAGUAGCAGUGAGAUCUCAGCUCCCAGGAAUGAGAAACCUCCAUCCCUGAAGACCCCAGCCCUGGGUUUCAUGGUGCUCUGAGCCUCUGCCCUCACCCUGGCUGGCCCUGCCCACAAUGGCCCUGUGUCUCAAGCAAGUCUUCAACAAAGACAAAACCUUCCGUCCCCGGAAGAAGUUUGAGCCGGGCACGCAGCGCUUUGAGCUGUACAAGAAAGCCCAGGCCUCCCUCAAGUCUGGGCUGGACCUGAAGGCUGUGGUGCAGCUGCCUCCUGGCGAGAGCAUCAACGACUGGAUCGCCGUGCACGUCGUGGAUUUCUUCAACCGCAUCAACCUCAUCUACGGCACCAUGUCCGAGUACUGCACCGAGAGGAGCUGCCCCAUCAUGUCUGGUGGGCUCAAGUACGAGUACAGGUGGCAGGAUGACAGCAAGUACAAGAAGCCCACCAAGCUGUCGGCCCCACAGUACAUGUGCAUGCUGAUGGACUGGAUUGAGAUGCUCAUUAACAAUGAGGAUGUCUUCCCCACCAGGAUAGGUGUUCCCUUCCCCAAGCAGUUCCAGCAAGUUUGUACCAAGAUCCUCACCCGCCUCUUCCGUGUCUUCGUCCAUGUCUACAUCCACCACUUUGACAGCAUCAUCAACAUGGGUGCUGAGGCUCACGUCAACACCUGCUACAAGCACUUCUACUAUUUCAUCAGGGAGUUCAGCCUCAUUGACCACAGGGAGCUGGAGCCUUUGAAAGAAAUGACAGAACGAAUUUGCCACUGAAGUCUCCUGGCAGAUGAACUCAGCUGG